AAAAAAGACAAAGUAAAACUGGUUCGAGAAAAUGUGACAAUUUUAAGCUGUUUUCUCUUCCUCCCAUGUGAUAUCUAGAUUCUAGAUAAGACAUGUUGUUUCGCCAAAUGCUUUUACAUUAGCUGGACCACUUUCUCAUUUUGAACAAUCCUUUCAUAGUUUUAUUCAAAUUAAUUAUUUAUAUUUGGAAUUUUACUCUGUGACUAACAAUAAUGUCCAAUCAAGUGGAAUUAACUCAAGGGUGCAUAUUUGGACUUGGAAAUCCUCUUCUUGACCUUAUUGCCGAAGUUAACGAAAAAUUUUUGGAAAAAUAUGGACUGAAAGCAGAUGAUGCCAUUCUUUAUGAAGAUAAACAUCAAGGGUUGGAAAAAGAUAUGCUUGCCCAAUACUCUGUUAAUUAUGUUGCUGGUGGCUCUGUGCAAAAUACAAUGAGAAUUACUGAAUGGUGUUUAGGAUUUAAGCCAAAUAUCUGCACUUUUAUGGGUUGUAUUGGUAAAGACGAGUUUGGUGAUCGUAUGCAAAAAGAGGCUAUUAAAGACAAACUUACGUGUGUCUACCGGAUUGACGAAAAUGAGAAAACGGGCUACUGUUGCGUUCUUAUUAGCAAUAAUGGUAAAACAAGAUCGCUUGUUGCUUACUUAGGGGCUGCUAAUCAUAUGAAGAAAGAGCAUCUGAUGGAAAAUUGGAGUCACGUCGAAAAGGCUAAGCUUCUUUAUGUUUCUGGUUUCCAUCUAACAGUUUGUGUCCCUGCCAUUUUGGAAGUAGCACAACAUGCUGCUAAUUUUGAUGACAAAAAAUUCCUAUUCAAUUUAAGUGCGCCUUUUAUUUGCGAAUUCUUCAAAGAUGCCUUGCUUUCUGUUUUACCAUAUGUUGAUAUACUUUUUGGUAAUAGCACUGAAGCUUUAGCUCUUGCAUCUGCUUUAGGAUGGAAAACCACUGAAAUUUCAGAGAUUGCUAAACUGAUCGCUAAACAAGAAAAGAAGAAUUCUAAAAAACCUAGAAUGGUUGUGAUAACUAAUGCUGCUGAUCCAAUUACCGUUGCCUUAAGUGACUCUGAUGAAGUUACAUACUACCCUGUUGAUGCACUAAGUUCAGAGAAGAUCGUUGAUACCAAUGGAGCUGGUGAUGCAUUUGUAGCUGGAUUCAUUUCGCAAUACAUUUCUAAUGAAAGUAUGGAGAAGUGUAUCAAAGUCGCUAGUUAUGCAGCUCAACAAAUAAUUCAAUCCGAAGGAGCUCAAUAUCCUUCCAGUCCAGCAAAUUAUUAGUUUAAUUCACUUAUUCUUAUAUACUUUUCAUUGGGUGGGAAUUGGAAUCCGAAACUUUAUUAGACCUUAGUGCCAUUUUUAAGCUCUCUAAUUAAUUAUUAGAGCAAUUUUGAAAAGUAAUCAGAUACUUUAUCAUCUGAGAUAACUUCAUUCAGAAAAUCUUUCUCGAAUUAGGUCUAAUCAUGUCGAGUGAACGUUGGGAAUUUACACACUUCAACUAUGAAGAGUGAAAUUUUCCAUUCACAUUAUAUCUUGGUUAAAGAUGCAAUUAUAUUUCAUUCUUGAGUAGCUUAAAUUUCUAAUUAUUCAAAAUCGUUAAUUCAACAAUCGGUAUAAUAUUUUGAAUUUGUACUUGAACAUAAUUUUGUUUUUAUAUUUUCAAGUAUAUUUACAAUUUGCCAAUUUACAAAUAUCUUUUAGCAUUAUUACUGACUUUAAAUUGGAUUCUAUCCGAUUUUGGACCGAAGAUAUUUUUGUAACAAAAAUCAAUAAAAUUGAUUAAUGAUGUAACGAGAGACUAAAUCAAAACUCUAUUUUAAAUCUUGGUUUAAAUAAAUAAUAAAGUUGAUUCAAUGCAAUUAA